UUCCCUAGUCAAGCAUAUAUUUAUCAUUUCAAAUUUGUAUGAUUAUGCAUGCUUUUUGAUAAACAGUUUUUUAAUAUCAUGGCAUUUUAAACUGUUAAUACCAAUAUGGAAGUUGAUGUUGAUUUUGAUUUGGUUAAUAAACUAAAUGUUUUGGUUACAAGUGAUCAUGAAGAUCUCCUUAAGCAGUUUCAAAUGAUUGUUGGUAAUCAAAUAAACCCUUCGUCAUGCUCUUUUUAUUUAGAAAUGGGAAAUUGGAAUCUACAGGCUGCUUUAUGCGCAUACUAUGAUGUGUUUAGUACUCAAACCUUGCCUUCAUUUAUUGUCCUUGAAGAGUCUGAUCAUACUGGGCUUAAUAGCGUCGCACCCAAUCAAGAAUUUUCAAAAAGAUGGAAAAUACAAAAUAAAGGAGAUGAAAAAUGGCCAUUAAAUUUAAAGUUAAGGCAUGUAAAAGGUCAUAAUUUUGAACAUGCUACUCAGUGCCCAAUUCCAAAUAUUGAUCCUGAAGAUGUAACAGAAAUUAGUAUUUUAAUGACAGCUCCUGCUCAAUCAGGACAGUAUGAAUCAGUUUGGCGCAUGACUACAAUUCAAGGAUCUUAUUGUGGAGUUCCACUCAUUGUAUCUGUAAAUGUUGAAGACAAUCCUAGUAUUAAUUUAAUAACGCAUCAGAUGUCUGCGUUGGGGCAGCAUGAUUCCGUUGCUUGUAUGCCACAUAUUUUUAAUACUCAGCGAGAAACUAAUUCUUUUAUACAUUCCAAUAAAGAAACUUAUAUGGCAAACUCUUCUGGUGAUGUAUCGUCUCGUGAAUUUAAUCUGACGGAAAGUUUAAAUAUAACUUCUGACCAAGAAACAAUAGAGCUAAUAGAUUAUGAAAAUUUGUAAUUUUUUUUUUGUAUAAAAAAGGUUUAUUUAUUUA